CUCCAAGCAGGAGCGAGCCGCGGCGUCUCUCCUUACACGUCCUGGGAGGCAGAUAAGCAGCGAGCGCUGUGGGGUACUCCCAGCAGCUCCCCGCAGGCAGGGCACCCGGCACGCAGCACCUCCCAGUUAGCCCCAGGACCCUCCCGCCUUGGCCGAGGGAGACGCCCGGGCAGCGCAGCCUCCCAGACCUGCCGAUGGGAGCAGACUGCCCGGGCUGGCCCGGGACUAGCAGCACCGCUGGGCUGGGCAUGGCCGAAAGCACCUUUGCAGGGGCGGAAGGGAAGCGAAUGGAGACGUGCAGCCCCAGGCCAGCCUCUGCCCCGGCUGGCGGGAAGAUGAGAGGCAGCCCAGGCACACCAAGGCUCCCCCCGGGCUGGAGGAGAGCAAGCCAGCGAGAGGUGGGCAGCAGCCAGGGAGCCAGCAACGCGCCCAGCGACAGCCACAGCGCGACGGGGCCCCUCCCAGCUGCAGGCAGGGGCCAUGCCAGCUGCGCUCUGCCCAGAGGGAGCGUGGGGAAGCUGUGUCCCGAGAACGCCGCCCGGGAGCGCAGCCGUGUGCGGACCCUGCGCCAGGCCUUCCUGGCGCUCCAGGCUGCGCUGCCCUCGGUCCCGCCGGACACCAAGCUCUCCAAGCUGGACGUGCUCGUCCUGGCCACCAGCUACAUCGCCCACCUGACCCACACCUUGCACCAGGGCCAGCCGCCCCCCGAGGCAGCCCCACUGGCGAGGGCGCCCAGCUUCCUGCACCCCAUGAAGAAAUGGCCCAUGCGGUCCCGUCUCUACGCUGGAGCCUGGGGCGCGGACGUUGCUGACAUACCUGCAGCUGCCCCCGCAGUCCCCAGCAGCAGGAUGAGGAGGGCCUGUGAGGGGGGCAGCCCGGGGGCCAGCGGGGCGGCCCUGUGA